AUGGAUACUGAUAUACUAAUAAAUGUACGUGGAAAUGUUCAAACACUUCGAAAUAUGUGGAGUGAAAUAGUACAAGAGAAACAGAAAUCAACAAAACAACAAUCACUUACCUGUUCAUCAUAUUCACAAAUAUCACAGAAAAAAUUAAUCAACGAUAAUAUUCAAACUUCUAUUAAUAUGAAUGAAACAAUAAGCAACAACGAAUUGAAGAUUAUAGAUGAUAAUGAAAAACCAUGCAAUAUGGAAUCAAUUGAGCAAUCAUCAUCAUCAUCGAUUAAUGAUGCGGAUGAUUUUUUACCACUGCCUGCACCACCAUCAUCUGUAAUUUUUCAAAAUCAAGCUCAAACAGUUAGAACACUUAAACAUAGCGUUAUGAAAAUGUUUGAUAUUGAUAAAAAGAAAACUCAUAUUAAUGUAAAAAAUAAUGGUAUUCGUCAUUGGCAUUUAGCUCGUCAUGUAUUUCGAAGUGGUCUUAUAUUUAGUCCAUCAAGACGUGCAUCUGAUAGUAUAAUACCAAUAUUAAUGAAAACAAGAAUUACACAAUAUCAUACUCGAACAGAAAGUCUUGAUAGUAUUUAUAAACAAACUCCAUUUCAAACUCUUAUUGAUUAUCUUUCAUAUGAUAAUGAUGAAAAUAUGAAUUUAUUAGAGAAGAAAACAAAUGUUGCACGUACUAUAUCAGAUACAACUGCUUGUAUACAACGAAAUAAAUUAAAUGAUACCAUUGCUCAAUAUGAAACAAUAAUGAGACAUUUAAAAAAUUAUGAUAAAUUUAAAGAAACAUAUCCAAUGACAUCAUCAUUAACAUCAACACAAAAAACAAUAAAUACUAAACAAAUAAUGAAGAAAAGGGAAGAAUUUAUUCAACGAAAUUUAACGAAUAAAUUAGCAAUUCGAAGUUCACAAACACAAUCAUUAGCAAGAAGUGCCGGACGUACAUUUACAGAAUUUAUAAUGAAUGAUCUUUUAACAUCAAAUAUAUCACAACAAUCGUCUAAUAUGCAAUUAUCUGUUCAUACAGCAUCACAAACUGAAUCAAUUGAAAUAUUACAACCAACUGAAUCAAUUAAAUUAAUUGAAAAAAUUGAAUCAAUUCCUAUAGAAGAAACAAAUGCAAUUAUAAAUGAACUUGAUACUGUUCUUAAUAAUACUGAGGCAGAAGUUCAAUUAACUCCUAACAGUGAAAUCAAUGUUAUUAUUGUUAAUUUUUCUACUACAGAAGAAGAAAACAUUACACAACCUAAAGAAAAACCACUUAUGCAACGUUUAUUUGAAGGAAAAAAGACUGCAUAUACAUCACAUGAUCUUGAUAUGGAAUUAAAUCGAAUACCUGAAGAAUUGAUGCAAACAUAUGAAAUUGCAAAGAAAAAAUGUUUUUUUCCAUCAGAGAAUAUUCUAUAUGCAACAAAAAUGAUUAAAAUUGAUCGUCGAGGUUAUAAACAACGUAUUCGAAUUCUAUGUUUAACAACGGAACGUGUUUAUAUAAUAACAAAAAAAGAUCCGUAUCCAAAAGAAACUCUUUUUUUCAAAGAUAUUCUUGGUAUUACAUGUACACCAUGUAAAGAUGGCUUUAUAUGCCUUCAUACAAGAGAAAUACGUGACGAUCGAGGUGAUUGGAUUUUUCUUAUUGAUCAUCCAUGUGAAUUUAUUACACAACUUUUUAUGGCCAUGAAACGAAAUCAUAAUGAUGAUAAUUAUCUCAAAAUUGAACCUAAAUUUAAACAUGGACGUCGAAGCACAGGUACAGUAUCUGAUGAAUGUUUAAUCGAAGUUCGUCCAUCGAAGACAUUUCAUAUUGAAUACGAAAAUUAUGAAGUUUUAGUUAUUGUAAGGAAAAUUAUAAAUUUUAUAUAA